CCGCCUCCCCAGCCCCGGCAAGGGCCUCCCCGCCCCUCCGGGGCCCCAGACCCCCUCGGAGGCACUCCAGCUUCAGAACCCUCUAUCCCCGUUCUCCUGUGAGUGACCGCGGAGGAAGACCAUGAACGAGGUGAAGGAGUCUCUUCGAAGCGUCGAGCAGAAGUACAAGCUCUUCCGGCAGCAGCAGUUCACCUUUGCCGCCGCCCUGGAGCGCUGCAGGGAGAACGCCCAUGACAAGAUCCGGCCCAUCUCCAGUAUCGGACAGGUGCAGAGCUACACGGAGCAUUACUGCAACAACUCCACGGACCGGCGGAUUCUGCUCAUGUUCCUGGACAUCUGCGCGGAACUGAACAAGCUGUGUCAGCACUUCGAAGCCCUGCACUCCGGCACCCCGGUCACCAACAACCUGCUUGAGAAAUGCAAAUCCCUUGUUAGCCAGAGCAACGACCUGAGCAGCCUCAGAGCCAAGUACCCGCACGACGUGGUGAACCACCUGAGCUGCGACGAGGCCAGGAACCACUACGGAGGUGUCGUCAGCCUCAUCCCCAUCGUCCUGGACUUAAUGAAAGAGUGGGUCGCCCACUCGGAGAAGCUGCCCCGCAAAGCCCUACAGCACGUGAGUGAGCCCCAGGCACACCAGGAAGCCGCCGGCGCGGCCGCUCGUCCUCCUUGGACCGCAGGCUCCCAGCCUCAGUUAAGAAAGCACAAAUGUAGGCGACUUAUAAAACACAGCCCCAGGCCUAGGGGGAAGGACAGAGGAUGUUCCAAACCUCCCUGGAGACCACCCGGCGGGAGACUCUAACUCAGAGUCGGCAACCUGGUGCGGCCCGUAGGGCGCUUGGUCACUUAACUCGGUCUCCACCGGCGGAUCCAUCCUUCGGCCCCCCCAGUCCCCCCCCACAGAUGAACCCCAGAGAGCUUGCCCAAUGUACUGUCGAGAACCUCUCUCCCUCUCUCUUUCACUGCUAAGCUCUCCCCGCCUCUGAGUGUCGGGCUCUGUGCCAGCGACAAGGACCCCACGUCCAGUGUUGUUGCGAGAGGGUGUCCCGGGGAGGCUGCUGAGAGCUGGGGCCAGCGGCCUGCCCGGGUGCUCUGGGGGCUUCCAGCCUGCACCCGGCCAGGCCUGGCCACGCUGCAGUUCUGGCUUUCGGGCUGAGCCGUUGAGCCGGAGGCCUGCUGGCGCCUUUCCCGCCGCUGUGGCAACUGCAGGUGAGGCCCGGCUGCUCGGCCCGCGGGGGCGCUGAGGGCCAGCACGGUGGCCUUCCUCGGUGUGAUUAGGUCUCCGGACCAAAACCCGAAGGGGAAUGAACCUGGCUUUGCUCUCCUUUACUUGGGAGAGGGAGACCAUGAGAGAAGCUGGAAGAAUUCUGAUUUCGUGGCUCCUGUGCAAGGACCGUGUCCUGCUGUCCACAACACAGUCCUGGCCCCGACGUUCUAAAAUGUGUGUCUGGCUUCUGAGCUGGAAGUGCCGG